AUGGAAUGUGUGGGAACUCAACCAUUCUCACCAGCCAGCACAACUGUGUGCAGACAAGUGGUGUACGCCAAGCCUGGUCAGCACUGCUGUGGAAAUGCCACUUACAACCCACGAAGGCAGAUCUGCUGUGAUGGACACAGAUACAGCAGAGAGAAGGAUACUGAAUGCUGUGGUUCCCAGGCUUAUAACCGAAGCAGCACCAACCAUGUGUGUUGCUCUGGUCGACUGCAUGCCUUGUCAGCUGACAGCUCCAGGAAGAACUUUAGGUGCUGUGGACUGCUGCUGACAGAUCCCUCCAAGCAGGAGUGCUGUUCCUCAGGGGAACGAGCGUUGCUUUACUCCGCCAAGCCAGGUUUUGCCUGCUGCGGGGAUCGCUACUACAACACUUCCCUGUGGUCCUGCUGCCUCCAUCGCCUCACUUCCAAACUGGUUACUGGGAAUUAUCACCCAAGUGAGAAAGUGUCCCAGCUUCAGUCUUUAGCAGACCUGAGGAUGUCUGGCAUAUGCAAAGAACGAGUUACUGUGGGCAGAGUAGAGAGCAUGGCGCUGAUGCAAAAAGAGCGUUUUAUUGUCCUGAAGGACGUAGUGGACAUCCAUGUGCAGAAGGGCAAAACCAAGCUGACCCCGCAAAGCUUGUUGUCGAAGAGCGGUAAUAUCCGUUACGGACGCUAUCGGAUGCGUGCCCCUACCUCUGAGGUAGACGAAACACUAUUUGGAACACCGAAACAGGAACUCAUCGAUAUCAGCUCUUGCCUAUCGUUUCAGCAUCCUGCACGCGAGGGGGACUCAGACGGCAGGUCACAGAAAACAGAAAAAAUUCGUGUCAUCACAAAGGAUCUCAUUCGGGACAUAAGAAUCCCAUGUAAGGAUCCUUCAGGCCUCUCCAUCAUUCUGUGCCCCUCGGAAAUCGAACGAAUCACCACAAAGUCUCGCAUUCCCACUAAAGAGGAGAGAGAAAGCGCUUUGGAGUCACAACGCCAAGCUCGAGAGGCAGCAAUGGAGGCUGCAGAGGAGAGGAAAGCACACAUGCGGCAGGCAGACUUGUCUCGGCAGAAGAACCAGGGUCUGAGUGACUUGGAGGCUGAGGCACGGGACAGAGCACAGUACCUGCUAGAAAGAGCUAAUGCCAUGAGGUUGGAACAGGAAGAUGAGGUCAAGAAACUCAAUGAGUUAAUCUUAGGAGCACAGUGUCAUGCAAUUCGGGAUGCUCAGAUUCUGGAGAAGCAGCAGAUUCUAGCAGAGCUGCAGGAGGAGGAGAGGAGGCUGGAUGCUAUGAUGGAGGUGGACCGCAGAAGAGCAUUGGAGGUCCAGGAAGAGAUUGACCAACUACAUAAACAGCAGAGAAUCCAGGGGAAGAUGUGUAUUUUGCGUCAGAUUGAAGACCGCCAGGAAGAACGGAUGCUGAAAGAGGAGAUGAAGGAGCAGGAGGGGCAGCAACUGCUGGAGAACCUGGAGAAAAUGCAAAUGGAGGAACUGGAGGCCCUGGAAAGAAAGAGAGAGGAGCAAAGGAGGCUUCAGUUGGAGAUCCAGAGGAUCAAUGAGGACAGCCUGUUGGCUAAGGAGCAAAAGAAAGAGGAGGAGAGAUUAGCUGAUCUGAGAGCUAUGGAAUACACGCGCAAGAAACUGGAACGUGAGGCGGAAUAUGAGGCUGAGCAGCGACGGAUUAAGAGAGAGAAAGAGAAGGAGGUGGCCCGGCUGCGGGCCUUGCAGGAGAGAGACAGAGACCAUAAAGCUGAGCAGGAUGAGAUCAGGGCACGGAGAAACCAAGAGGCCGCUGAGAGAGAGUGGAGGAGGAAAGAGAAAGAGCAGAUUAAGAAGAAGUUGGAGGAGGAUGAAAAGCUGAAGGCAGCCCGUCUGGAGCAGAUUACCCACAAAGAGCAUCUGUUGGCUGUUGAGGCGGGACGAGAGAGAGCGGAAUUUGAGAGGGUCUUAAGAGCACAGCUUGAAUUUCUCACCCGCGAGAAGGAAAAGGAAGAAAGCCACAAGCAAAAGAUUAUGCGUCAUGCUGAAGGAGUGCGGCAACAGGUGCGGGAAAGGGAAACGCAAGCCAUAGCUCAGCGUCGGGAGCUCUUCCGCGAGGGAGGCCGUUUGGAUGAAGAAGCCCGUAAUCGCCGUGCCCGUCUGGAUGAGAUUAAGGAGCAGAAGCUGAUGGAGCUGAAGGCGGCCGGACUACCUGAGAAGUACUGCAAUGAAGUUGAACGCAAAAUUCACGCCCUCCCCUCUUUAGUGCGGUAA